AUGGACGGGCUUCCACGGAGGCCCGAGGUUGAUGCCAGCCUAUUGUUUCUGCAGAAGCUCGACGAAGAGCGAGUCCUGAACCAGAAGCCCAAGGACUCGCAGCAUUCACUCGCUUCAUCAGAGACUGGCAGUAGCAGCACCAUGGAUCACGUAAAUGGUGCUGACAGGAAAAGGAAACGGGCGGUUAACUUGGGUUCAAACGAAGACGGAGCUGUCAAGAGGGUCAAGGUUACCUCUACUGGACAAGAUCUUCUUGCUCUCGUUGGCACUGCUCAGUAUUCGCGCUACGAUAUCUCGCAGCAUCUCCCAGCGGAGGUGUGGCAGCAUAUCUUUACCUUUCUGCCUCCACUUUCUCUUGGGAAGUUGCUGUGUGUCAACCGAUUGUUUCACAGAUAUCUUGAUCCUGCUUCCCCCUUCAAGGUUUCUGCCCCAGACUCCAAGCUGCCUUCUUCAUUGCCUAAGCUGUCACCAAACAAUCUAUGGCGAGCAUCGAGACGUUUUCACUGGCCGAACAUGCCCUCGCCGCUUAGUGGAAAAUCCGAACUGGACAUGUGGCGGUUUGCCUGUUUGCAGUCUUGCCAAUUUUGCGGUCAGGUGGAUGAAAACGACUAUACUGGAGAUCCCUUGCCAUGGAGCCGCGGACCCGGUAAUGAUAUUGUGUCGCCCAUCUUCCAGUUCUUUGUCGCUUCGUGCGGGCAGUGCUUGGUUGAGCAUAGCGUCAAGGAAGUCGAUCUGCUUUUGUCAGCGUUGAAUCCUUCAUUCGUCGCAGCCGGCGCUCCUAUGGUCUUCCUGACGGCCGACUUGAAUGUUGUCCCUCGUCAAAUAUUGCGCAAUGCGCCAAUACCGACCGAUGUUCAGCUGAUGAAAGUGUUUUGGCCUGCUCAACUGGAGAGCCUCCAAGCUGAACUUGAAGACGCCAGACGAUUUGGCGCCGCAGCUGCUGAAGAAUGGAUCAAAGGCCUAGAGAGUCGCGGAGUCGAAGCCAUUCGUGACGCUUCUCGAUGGGAUAGUUGGUAUCUUUCGGGAGGAGUCUGCCAAAUGCGCAGGCGUUCCUCUUUUGCUCAGUCAGCUGCUCCCUCCAACGGUCGACAUCGGGACAAGGCAGAACAAGGAGGGAGAAAAGCUGCACCGAAUACCAAGGCUACUCAUAAGUACCCAACUCGAAGCAAAGGAAAGGACUUCAAGGAGUCUGCGCUUCAAGCUCCGGAGGAUGUUGACACCAUGAUACAAAUUGAACUAUCCAAACUCUCAGACCAAAUUAUCAACGGCCAAUGGGAUAAAGGACGAAGCAUCAAGAAGGAGAAUUGUGCAGACUUCGCCUCGCAAGUGCUGACCUACGUCCACAAAAACUUCUACGCAAACUCUUCCAAGGCCAAAAGAUCCUCGACGCGAAGACUAACUAUAGAGGAUAUGAGAUGGAUAUUCGCUCAAAAAAUUGCGCCGCUUACCGACCCUCACGGGAAAGAAAUAUUCGCGUGCAACAGAUGUCCAACGUCCAGGCCCUACGCGCUUCAAGGCGUCAUCCAGCACUACUGUCAGACACACUGCGAAACGGGGGUGAAGAUGUCCAGGCAUUGGAAAGCAGAGUGGACUGCGGAGCUUCCAUUCAAGCCAGCUUCGGCUGCAGAAGGUCAAUCUCUCAAGCACAAGCACACCCCAGAGAUGGGCCAUGAUAUCCUUACAAAAAGGGACGGCGCUCUGGCCAAAGAUGUAGCAAUCGCUUGGCGUACACUGAAGAGUGUUCAGAACAUACCCAUCUCGGUCAGACGGUACCAAGAGUUAUACCAGGAGCCAGCGCCAUUGAAGCUAUUGUGCACUGGAAAGUGUUCCAAAGUCAUCGCUGUGGGAGCGUGCUUGACUUGCAAUGUUUGCAAGCAGAAGUCAGCUGCAGAAGGGACUAGGCUUUCUAAACAGUUUAAACUGCGUGGCUUGGCCCAUCAUUGUCGCCAGACUCAUGAGCGCGUUGAUUGGCCUAUGGGCAUGGUCUGGGUGCCAGACUUGUGCCUAUCGCAGGACGUUCGAGCCGCCAUCCAGAAGAAUAGGCCAGACGAGCAAGAAAUGGACCAGCGUGACCCCGUUCCCAUGCAGAGUCGGCAGGCUCCUCUCGGUGGUACGAAAGAAGCGAAUGAUGCAGUUACUGGGCCGUCAACUUAUCUCUAUCCUGCCGGAAGUCCGAUAUUGACUGGUGAACCGCUUCAUCUGUUCCCAUCAAGCGCUUUGGCAAACAAGUCCGCCAUCGCGUCUGGGCCGAAUAACCACGAGACAGAAUAUGAAUACCGCGAAGCACCAGACAGGAUGAUGGCUCACUACACUACUGUGGAAGCCGGGGAUCGCAAAGAAGCAUAUGUCAGUUCAAGGAGCGUCGGUCCAAGACAUGCUGUGCCAGAACCAAGGAGCUAUCCUCACGCCAGAGAGACGUCGAGACAGCAGAUCCCUGCGACAGUUGAAGUUCGACACACCAGCCGGCAACCCUGCACAACCAGAUAUUACAAUCCGCCUAUGUCUUCCACGGCCUACCACUAUGCUGAACCCAUUCGGUCCUACGACAGAUAUGACCUUGUGGGCGUGCGAAACUUACCGAGUGAGCACUAUUUUGAACAUCAUCUUGCUUAUCGCAGGCAGAGAACUACCCCGAUGCCGGCUAUCUCAGGUAUGCCCGCCGGGAACUAUGUUGAUACGGCACCUGCAUCACGGGUGUAUAAAGCAUAUCCUUCAGGACAUCAGCUGGUCGAAAGAGUGUCUAGGGAGGUGGAGUGUGAUCUAGAGUAG